AGAAGUGGUUUUUAAUGAAUCCCAAAAACGACGACACACCGGUGAGCAGAUAUGGGCAGAUAUGCAGCUUCCUGUUUCACCUGAAAGUCUUAAUGGGAUACGCAGUGUACAACUACUUCUCCCAGCACUUUGUUACCGUAUUAUUGCGUCGUCUGUUCUGUCCGGUAGUGGUUCAGCUGGACAGUGAUAAGUGUCGGAGAGAGCGUGACCAGACAACGCAGCUGUACGAAGCGAUCCGGCCGGAGUUUGCCGGCUUGAGCGGUACCAGGAACGUCGUCCGAGCUGGCCACAGUAGCAAAACCACCGGCACCAACAUGAUUGACGCCCACGGUAACGCCUUACCACCGCUCAGUCCCUCCAGCAACAACAACACCACAACCGAGCUGGAGAAUGACAAACCGAUGCUACCGAUGACACCCGCAAAAGCGCUCGAUUACCAUGGAGUACACUUGACGGACUUUGAAAAGCAGGAAAUCGAGAAGUACAAGGAAAUUUACUAUCUCGGACUGGACGCACGCAAAAUCAACGCAAAGGCAGGCAUUGGCCCUAAUUCUGGUUUCGAUGACGAGAAUGGAUGCUAUCAGAAGAUCGUGCACGACCACAUCUGCUACCGGUACGAGAUCCUGGAGAUCAUUGGCAAGGGCAGCUUCGGACAGGUGAUCCGAGCACUGGACCACAAAACCAAACAGUACGUGGCAAUCAAGAUCAUCCGCAACAAGAAGCGCUUCCAUCAUCAGGCCCUCGUCGAAGUUCGGAUACUGGACGAGCUGCGGAAGAAGGAUGCCGACGGAAGCCACCAUGUCAUUCACAUGCUCGAUUACUUCUACUUCCGCAACCAUCUCUGCAUCACGUUCGAGCUUAUGAGCCUCAACCUGUACGAGCUGAUCAAAAAGAACAACUACCAAGGAUUCAGCCUGAGCCUCAUCAAGCGGUUCUGCAACUCGAUCGUUAAGUGUUUAAGAUUUCUCGACGAGUUGGACAUCAUUCACUGUGAUCUAAAGCCGGAAAACGUGCUACUAAAACAGCGUGGCAGCAGCACGAUAAAGGUCAUCGAUUUCGGCAGCUCGUGCUUUUCGGACCGAACCGUCUACACCUACAUCCAGUCCCGGUUUUACCGAUCGCCGGAAGUCAUACUCGGCUACCCGUACGACAAGGCGAUCGAUAUGUGGAGCUUAGGAUGCAUUUUGGCUGAGCUGUACACAGGAUAUCCACUAUUCCCAGGCGAGAACGAAGUCGAACAGCUGGCGUGCAUAAUGGAAAUAUUGGGCGUACCGUCCAAAGAGAUCUUCCAGCUGGCGACCAGGAAACGAUUAUUCUUCGACUCACGAGGAGUGCCACGGUGCAUAACCAACUCGAAGGGACGCAAGAGGAAACCGGGCUCGAAGACACUGUCGCAAGCGCUACGAUGCAACGAUACCGUAUUCAUCGAUUUCGUCAGCAAAUGUUUGGAGUGGGAUCCCCAUAAGCGUAUGACACCGGAGCAGGCGGCACGGCACGAAUGGCUCCAGGUGAGCGCAUCGAAGGCCUACUUCGGCUCCAAGUCCAAGGAAAGCAGCGACACCCAGCUGAACUUCCUUCACAAGCAACAACGAUCUCAGCCAAUGACACCAAACACCAUCCUGCCAGAGAUAAAGACUCCCUCCAACCGUACGCUACGGUUUACCAAAGAGCGCGUCAAAGCAACUGAUCUCGAAACGGCACAACAGCAAUCCUCACUACAUCGGUUGACCAACGUCCGGAAGGUAACAGCGACCGGCCUAACGAACAUCACCAACAACAACCACGGUAUCAGCCAUCACCUGCACAGCGGUGCGGUCGGUGGAAGCGGAGGUAGCAACAACAACAACAUCAACACCAGCGGCAGCACGCAGACAAUAAACGGUACGUCCAAGUACGCGUCCUCAACAUCGUCCGCGCACCAUCAUCACCAUCACCACGGUAGUGCGAUGCCCCAUUCGCAAAGUACCGGCGACGUGUCGGCCAUCUUCGGCCGGGCAUGACAUGAGACGCUGGCCCGCGCAAAGGACACCAGCAAAAUCAUUAGCCUCAUCUAAACGGGUGCGGCGUUCGCGGUGAGCUGUUUGCUAGCUGUCGGUUCCAAACGAUUCUCAGAUGGUGGUAGAAUCAGGGCGACGACCCCAGUCGUCUCGCCAAGUCCGUUCAGGGGUAGUUCAGGGGUAGCCUGUAGAUAGAACAACUCGUUUUGCGAUCGAACGAAAAAAAUUAUAAAAUAAUGGUGAUAGAUAACGGUAGGACACACUCGUAGUGACACCCAUUGAAAGCAACAUGGUCCAACAGGAACAAAAGACAAACAAAACCCGAUCGCUUCCAGCGUACUUCCAACCGAGGAAAGCCGUGUCGCCGUGGUUGAUAGUUUAACGGAUACAAAAGCCAUCCAGAAACGCCAUCCACGAACGAGAUGGUUGGACGAUCUGCAACGCUCAGAUAGUAGUAAUAGUGGAGGCAUCGUACUACGUGUAUUACGGUGGCUGUGGUCGGACCCCGUUAGCUACAGCAGCCGGAUUGACUGUGAGAAACAACUUAGCGAAGAAGGAUGCAAAUGUUGUUCAAACGCAACGAAGAAACCGAAUACUAAGCCUAAGGAAGUAGUGCGUAGGGUGCAGUUUCAACGCGGGCGUUUAGUAGAAUACAGAGGAGGCGCCAUAAGUAAAAUUUCCAGUAGGAGGGAGCAAAACAAAUUCUAGUAGACCCCUAACUCGUAGGACUCGUUUUUAGGCAGCAAGAAAGUAAAGGAAGGCAGUGAUAGAGCUCCCUUGUAGAAAAUCCUUAACUGCACCAUACGAAAGACUAAACGGGAAGGGCGAGUAGGACAGAACAGAGAUGUAUUCUUUAUAUAUAUACAGGCAUACAUACGCAUACACAUAUAUAUAUUUAUUACGAUAUAACAAUGAUGUGGUAAUCGGCUAGAAAUAUUUGUCAUACUAGCUCGAUCGAGCGCAUCGCAAAGGGGGAAAGGAAUUUUUCCCAGCACCGGUGAUAGCCUGGGUCUUAGUGAUGCGAGCGUGUCCACACCUGGGGAAACAAGAAACCCACGCAAGAGAUGUGGCAAAGCGAGCGAGCGAAAGUCGAAACCGAGAGAAAGCUAGUGACUAAUCAUUAACAUGUAAGUAAUCGUGUACUCCUUCUCAUCCCUUUCAAGCGUAUCCGUAAUGGUAUCAUUAGUUUCCAUACCUUCUCUAUUCUCUGUUCGUUUGUUGAUUCCGUUCGUGUUUAUUUAGAGACAGAGAGAAAAAGGAAAAUCAUCCCUGUAAGGACUUCUUAGAGCUUAAACACGUAAGAGACACCGGUACGAUCAAUCGGGUCGGUGGGUUUUGUUCUCUACCCAGCUGCCAUUAUUUUAGUGGGCAGAUUAGAAGUAUAACAAAGAA